AUGACGGACAAUCUGGGACCCGGCCUCCUUCGCCUCAAUAUCGCCCUGAGUACCAUCACAUGCAGCAUCGUCCUGCUUCGAUGCUAUACGCGAGCCGUGAUUGUCAAGGCGUUUGGUGCAGAUGACUGGAUAAUGAUUCCAGCUACGCUAUGCUACCUCGGAUACAUCAUAUCCUCCAAUCUUGGGGUGAAAUACGGCACUGGUCAGCAUAGAUCGGAUCUGUCAGAGGCCAACUAUCAACGAGCAAUGAUGCACUGGUGGUACUGCUACUUGUUCUUCAGCAGCGCCAUGGUCAUCUCCAAGCUGUCCUUUGCCUGGUUCCUCCUGCGAAUCGUCAACAAGAGAGUCCACACCUGGAUCAUCUACGCGGCGUCCAUGUGUACCGUCGUCGCCGGCGUCGUCUUCUUCUUCGUGGCCCUGUUCCAGUGCAGCCCCGUCUCGUACUACUGGGACAAGACGGGCGCGGGAAGCUGUAUCAGCAUCGACAUCAUCAUCGCACUGGCAUAUCUGUACAGCGCCUUUAGCGUGUUGACGGACUUUACGUUUGCCAUUCUGCCGGGGUUUGUCGUGUGGCAUCUCAACAUCCAGAAGCGUGCGAGGAUUGUCGUCAUCAUCCUCAUAUCCAUGGGUUGCGUGGCAAGCGCUGCAGUGGUGGUUCGAUUCCCAUUCAUAAGGUUCCUUAGCGAUCAUGACUUUCUAUGGGCGACGACUGACAUCGCCAUCUGGACCACGGUCGAGACGAGCCUGGCCAUCAGCGCGGCCAGCAUAUCCACCCUGCGACCCCUUGUGCAGAGAGUCGGCUGGAAGCUCGCUUUCGGCUCCCAGGUCACCGGCGAGAACAACGGCACCAGCGGCCGCCGCAGCCGGAUGCCCAGCUUCCACCUCGCCCCCUCCAACAAGAUGGGCCAGCACGUGUACAUCAAGUCGGAAGUUUCUCAGGAUGCCUCUCGCUUCAAAGGAGAUCCGAAACUGGUCAUCGGGACACAAGCCACGGCGUUUGCUGCACGUCCGGGGGGUGAGAGCAGGGAUGAAUCGUUUGGAAGUGGGAGCGAGAGCUUUGAGUGCCUCGAGAUGACCAAGGCUGCGGAGGAGGGAUCUGUACGCAAGGUAUGGCCAAAAUCCUUUUUGCAUUCGUGA